AGUGUUUAGAAAAUAUAUUUUUCAAAAUGAAUAUAUAUAUUAUGUAGAGUUCCUUAAUGAACUUAGCCCUUAAAUUGAUUGUAAUUUAACCAUAUUCUCUCGGUCGCCGAGAAAAGAAGAAUGGUUUUCGAGUAAAAUAUUCGGUCCUCUGUAGUAUCGUGCUAGUAGCAGGUAUUAUUAACAGUUCAACAUGACUACGGUCGAAUAUGAUUUAGAUACAUCAGGUGGACUGAUGGAGCAAAUCCAGAAACUAGUGUCUCCACCUGUUAGUGAAGAAGCUCUUCGUAGACAAAAGCGUCGAGAUCGUGAAUAUAGACGGCCUGGACGGGCUGUGAACCAUGACUGCUGUGACAGCUGCAAGGAAGGUGGAGAUUUACUUUGUUGUGACCGUUGUCCAGCAGCCUUCCAUCUACAAUGCCAUGAUCCUCCUUUAGAAGAAGAUGACAUUCCACCAGGAGAAUGGAUAUGUCAUCGAUGUCGGGUAGCUCCCAUCCCAGAUUCAAAAGAUGAUGAUGCAGCCUCUACAAAGAGUAGUAGUAGCAGUACAAAUGGUCGUUUGGGUCCCGGUCGACCUCCAAAGAUACAGUCCCUGCCAAUGGCGCCUACAUUACCCCCAUUUGAAGAGAUGGACUUCGAUAAGGAUGAUUUACAGAAUCCUCUGAGGACACUGGCCAAGGCAGCUAAGCUAAUGAACCCAGUACAGUUUGAACUUCCCAAGGAUAUAGCCUGUACCACAUCAUUACCAGGUUCAAGUAAACGUAAGUGGUGGGGUCGAGACAGAAGCUCACAGAAAAAGCUUGCUCAUGAGUUGGACAAUGGCAUGGUUCCUCUUCCAGCCAAGGUCUGCUUCUAUUGUAGCAGGAGCUGUAGAGUGGGACCGCUAUUACAAUGUGACUUUUGUCCACUUGUGUAUCAUAUGGACUGUCUCAACCCUCCUCUGACUUCAUUGCCCACUGGUCGAUGGAUGUGUUCAAAUCACCCAGAACAUGUCUCAGACCAGAAGUUACUACAGACAGUCAGUUUAUCAGAGCGAGUGAAAUUGUGGGACUCAUUUAGCGGCCACAUCAAUCAGCAUAGUAUCAAAGUCAACUUCCUCAAUAAGAUCCACAGACAAAGUCCGCCAUUCAGGAUAAAAGUGCGACACCCUCGUCGCAAAUCCAUCUCAAUACCAGAAGCCAUUAAGCAUCACUACAAUAAUCCACCCCCAUUACUACCACGGGUGACGGACAACUUGUCCCAGGAAGUCCCCCUUACCAUGGAGGGUAAACCAACUGCUACACUUGAGGAACAGGAAGAGUGGUUAACAGCUGUGGUCUCAUUACAAACAAGUAUAGCCAAACACCUGGCACAGCAGCAGAUCCAAAAAUCUAGUGAUGGCAGUUCUCGCCUCAGCGAAACAUCAAAACCUGAAAAACCCACAGCGUCUGUACAACCUGUGGUCCAGAGAGACUCUGCUGAACAAGAAAGUUCUUCAUCAGUGGGGCAAUCCUGUGAUAUUGACAAGUUAUCUGCCCUUGAUGGAGAUCGGACUUUACUUAAUGGCCCUGUAUCUCAAGACGGUGUGUCUAAUGGACCUCUAGAUGUAAAUAGAGGGGGAGCUAUCUCAUUGUUAAAUCCCCCUGGCUUCUCCUCAAGUGGACAAAUUGUAGGAUCUGGUUCAAAUUCUUCAUCUCUCAAUGGUGAUGUGGAAAUGACGGAUGUUUCUAAUGUGAAAGGCACCACAUCAUCUGAUUCUCCAGCUGUGAUCAAAUCUCGUAGUAACAGUACAGACAGUCCAAGUAUAGUUCGUGUUAACUGGUCGUCAGGGGACAAACAGAGUGUGGCAGUAUCCUCGGCAACAGGUGUGACCACCCCCUCAGGGAAGAACAUCGUCAUCAGUGCUAUAAACAAAUCCAAUAACACCGUAGUGACUAAAGUGUUAGGUCAGGGGGGAAAACUAGCAGCAAACAAUAUGGCAGCAAAAAACAUGAGUGGCAGUAACCCAACAUCUAUUCUGUCACCACAAGUCACAGGCAAACAGAUGGCCAAAGUGACCGGUAUGGCCAUAGGCAAGACCACAACUACAGCGUCAGGCAGCACAGCAAAGGUCAUCACUGUUUCAGCUCCAUCAGGUAAAGUGUCCACAGCUAAUUCUCAUGGAUCAUCCAAUGCAAUUGUUUCCCUCAACAAUUCACUGCAGCAGUGUGUGGAGGGAGCAGGAGAUAAUGAACUGAGUAAGCUGGAUGAGCGUCUCAUACAGAUUCUAGCUUGGCAGAGACUGCAGCAGCUGAUGCCCCACAAACAGCAGUCAUCGUCAUCUAAAAAGGGUGUCUUAAAUGGCCUCCUUACACAACAAGGUGCAGGUGAGAUCAAGGCGCGUGCCGUUUUAUGUCCACUGACGGGGAAGGGCCAACCAAUUCCUAUGUCCUACCGUACCCUUAACAUCGGAACAGGUGCUGAUAUGGAUGUGUGCUUAUCACAGUUUGGACACUGUAACUUUAUCUCACCAAAACAUGCCUAUAUAUUCUACGAUGAGACUACCAAGCAUUACGAGUUACUGAACUAUAGUGAGCACGGCAGCACCGUUGAUAAUGUCCUGUAUUCCUGUGACUUCUCGGAUAAGGUAGCAACUACACCUCAACCCACGGCCGUGGUGGCAGCAGUCCGAAACAUCAUCAGCAAGAGGAAGGAAACAACGGAGGAACGCAUGGAGGACAGACCAACCAUGUGUUCAAAAGUCACAGACAAUGGCAGAAAACCAUGCAACUGUAAAGCCAGUAGCUCUAGUCUGAUUGGUGGGAGUGGUGCGGGUUGGGAGGGCACGGCCCUGCUUCAUCAUGGCAGUUAUAUCAAGGUUGGCUGUUUACAGUUUGUGUUCAGCAUUGUCGAUCAUGCUACCAACGUUCCUGGACAGGAUCGACGCAAAGAGCCCAUGUCCCUCCUCAAGUCUACGCUCAAAGCAUCUGCUCCAUAGGUUACACUGCAUCUCGCUCAGCCUCAGGGAACCGAGGGCAAUAAGGGCACCAACAUUUCCCCACAUCCCCUUUCACUGCCCAUACGUGUUAGAUGAUUGUGACUUCCUACAUUUAAAUGAGCCAUUUUCAUUUGUCUGCAGAUGCCAUUCUUACCACAGAUCUAACAUCAUUAGCCCUUGAUCAUCCUGUUAUGUACAUCAAUUUAAUCCAAACAAACUCAUCAAACAUUUGUUUGUUUUGUAUGUGUGCAAUACAACCAAGAUUUCAGAUGUAAACAUUUAUCAUUAACCCCUUGAUUUGUGGAAGAGAGUGGUUCUGCAAGAAUUUCUUUCUUACAUCAUUUUCUGUGAGUUGUAACUUUGAUAAGCAAAAGUGGAUAUAAUUUGAUAUAAGGUACCUUGUUUUUAUUAGAUUCCCAUGUUAAAUCUGAAACAGAUAUAUUUGAUUCUUCAAUUCCAAAGUUAUUCAUUCUACUGUGUGAACAGGUGUGAAAAACACAUUGUUAUAUUAGUGUAUCAUUACAUGUAUUAUAGAUGUAUGAACUACAAAGGUCAAAUGUCAUACAAUGUGAUAGCACUGUAAUAAAUGUUUUAUAUAUUUAUCAUGUGUCACAAAUCUACUCAUUCAAAAUUAUUAAUAAGUGGAUAUAUUACAUACUUAUCAGUUUUAUGCCAGUUAACUGUUAUUGGUCGAUUUGAUGGAAAUAGUGUUGAAGAGGAAUUUUCUUCCUUUAAUAUAUUGUUAGGUCAUUCCCUAAAUUUUAUUUUAAAACUUUCCUGCAUUGUUAAACAUCAGAUUUUUAUGACUGGAAAGUAAGUUAUGAUCAGAAAUCAGAUGAUUUGUGUUUAUUUAAAAUGUGUUCAGAUGAAGAGAGUCCCAGUGAUUUGUAUUGUACUUCAAACAAAUUCUAUUUUGCUUGUCAUUUUUCUGACAUAAGUUGUUGUUGAUUCAAGGUUUUAUGUAUAAGAACGUGUUAUUGUACUUAUAAAUUGUCCUCUCCCUCUAGUGAAACUGAGGGGACUUCAGGCUUCCUCUCCAUGUAGUGAAGCGGGGGAAGCUAUAGGUUUCCUCUCCAUCUAGUGAAAUCAAGGGGACUAGGUUUCCUAUCCCUGUAGUGAAAGUGGAGGGACUAUAGGUUUCCUCUCCAUCUAGUGUAACCAAGGGGACUAGGUUUCCUACCUCUGUAGUGAAAGUGGAGGGACUAUAGGUUUCCUCUCCAUCUAGUGAAAGUGGAGGGACUAUAGGUUUCCUCUCCCUGUAGUGAAAGUCGAGGGACUAUAGGUUUCCUCUCCAUCUAGUGUAACCAAGGGGACUAGGUUUCCUACCUCUGUAGUGAAAGUGGAGGGACUAUAGGUUUCCUCUCCAUCUAGUGAAAGUGGAGGGACUAUAGGUUUCCUCUCCCUGUAGUGAAAGUCGAGGGACUAUAGGUUUCCUCUCCAUCUAGUGAAAGUGGAGGGACUGUAGGUUUCCUCUCCAUCUAGUGAAAGUGGAGGGACUAUAGGUUUCCUCUCCUUCUAGUGAAACCAAGGGGACUAGAUUUCCUCUCCAUCCAGUGAAAGUGGAGGGACUAUAGGUUUCCUCUCCAUCUAGUGAAAGUGGAGGGACUAUAGGUUUCCUUUCCAUCUAGUGAAAGUGGAGGGACUAAAGGUUUCCUCUCCCUGUAGUGAAAGUGGAGGGACUAUAGGUUUCCUCUCCCUCUAGUGAAAGUGGAGGGACUAUAGGUUUCCUUUCCAUCUAGUGAAAGUGGAGGGACUAAAGGUUUCCUCUCCCUGUAGUGAAAGUGGAGGGACUAUAGGUUUCCUCUCCCUCUAGUGAAAGUGGAGGGACUAUAGGUUUCCUCUCCAUCUAGUGAAAGUGGAGGGACUAUAGGUUUCCUUUCCAUCUAGUGAAAGUGGAGGGACUAAAGGUUUCCUCUCCCUGUAGUGAAAGUGGAGGGACUAUAGGUUUCCUCUCCCUCUAGUGUAACCAAGGGGUCUAGGUUUACUACCUCUGUAGUGAAAGUCGAGGGACUAUAGGUUUCCUCUCCAUCUAGUGUAAUCAAGGGGACUAGGUUUCCUCUCC